CAUAUUAUGAUAUGCAUUUCCUAGUAUGCAACCGAGUCUACUAACUGAUUUACAGUGGACGCUAACGCUUCUUGGCACAGGUCAUCAGGUCUCCACCGCCCAAAACACUGAAUUCCCUCAGGGAGCAUAGGCUAGAUAAUUUAGUCCAACUCCAUACCGCCUCCGCUCUCCAGUUCUCAACUGAUGGUAAACACUCACUCGUGGUGAGAACGAGUACUAGCGUCACACGAUGCCUCCGAAGUCCGCGAAACCAACCAGCGAUGAGCUUCUCGCUCAAUUUGACGACCUAGGGGUCGACUCGACCGCGGACCAGCCUACCUCCAAGCCAGCUACCACAGCUACCACAGCUACCACAGCGCAAACCGAAGACGACAUCCUUGCCGAACUUGAUAACCUAGCCUCCCAGCGUCCGAGCAGUGGGCCCGGUACCCCACGUCUAUCAACAAAUGAGCCCAGGCCGUCUGUCAAAUCCCCUAAACCUGCUGCAGCUACACCCUCAACUGGACGUUCUAGUGAGGAGAAAUCUGUGCCCCGUAAGUCCACGGAGAGUACCCGGGUUUCAUUUGCGGUGAACAAUGAUCCGGAUGUGCAGCCACCCAAGACCGAGAAAUCAGCAGUUAAAGAGUCCGCCCCGGGCGGUGGUAGUGGUAGUGGUGGUGGAUGGUGGGGAGGCCUUUUCGCAACUGCGACUGCGACCGCCAGUGCUGCAAUGAAGCAGGCCGAAGCGGCUGUGAAAGAAAUUCAACAGAAUGAAGAAGCCCAGAAAUGGGCUCAGCAGGUGAAAGGAAAUGUUGGCGCACUGAAAGACUUCGGUGGUGAGCUUCGAAGCAUGGCAAUCCCUACGUUUACCAAUCUUAUCCACACUCUUGCACCCCCAAUUUCGUCCCAUGAACGCCUCCAAAUCCACAUCACUCACGACAUCUCGGGCUACCCCGCCAUUGAUCCGAUUGUUUACGCUGUCUUCGCUCGCGUGAUGUCCCAGGUCGAAGGUGGGGACCUUCUUGUGAUUCAACGUGGUCAAGAAUCUGCGCCAAAGCGGGGGUUGGAUAUAACGGGUAGCCAGUCUACCCCUGGCUGGCGCGAUGGCCCGUGGUGGCGCACAGUUAUGCCUGGAACCCCUCGCAGUAUCUCGGCCGUGCGUGGCUCUGUAGAGGCUAGCAAGCUCGCUCGCGCAAGCGCAGAGUCUUACGCCACGGAGUUCUUCUCUGCAAAGGGUGGAGUCGAAGAAGCUGCGAAACAAGCUAGCCAGGUUCUGAGCGAAUCCAACCCUGUCCGGAGCAGCGAUAUCUUCCUCGCCAUCCAGGCUAUUAGCCAAACCUCCUCCACCGAGCAGUUCCAGGCUGGUCCAACCACUGACAAGCCGACCCCGCCGGGCGUAGUUGAUGUUCCCAGCGCAACGGAAGAGGAGGUGACCUUCGCUCUCUACCUCCAUGACCCCAUUCACGGCAUCGCCUUCCACACAAUCUCCCAGGCUGUUCCACAGAAAUGGAUCGACUGGCUCGAUGCAGCUGUCCCCGCCACCGAAGACACUGCAGCCGAUGACAUGUGGCACCGAGCCCCUGUUUCGGAAGACAUUGCUGAGAUCAUCGAAAGUGGCGGCGUCGACCCUCGUGAAUGGGCUGCUGAAUGGAUCGAAGAAGCGCUCACUUUAGCUAUCGGUGUUGUGGCGCAACGCUAUGUGGCCCGGAGAAUGGGUGUUGGUGAGGCGGGAGUUGCAAAGGGUAAGAUGCGUGCUGAGCAGGCUUCAGUCGUGGAAAGCGGUGCAGGAGAGGUGGCGCGGGCGCUCUAAGACUGUUUCGUUCCAUAGCUGUCUCUUUUCAGUUGUUCUACCUGCGACUCUUAUUCUUAAAGACCAUGAUCAGAUGAUACUCUAAUGCCGUUUUUCUCCUUGUUCUUCUGCGUUGCUUGUCCGCGUCUCUUUAAUACAGUCAUGCCACCACAGAGCUAUUUUGCAAAUAGAUUUAUCGCCUCGUAAGGCGUACAUAAUCCUCAACCGAAUUCCUUGUCCGU